GUAUGGCAAUUGGUAUAAAAUUAUAAAUAAAAAUUCUUGAUAAAAAUAUAUCACUUAUCAGUAUAUUAAUUUACUAUUUAAUAUCUAUACGUUUAGGAUGGACUUGAGUACUUAAGUUCGAAUUAUAUUUGAUUUGAAAUUACGACGCAUAGCACAGCCGAUCGUUUGUAGUGUCUCAUACGAUGAAAAGUGUAUGAAAUAUUAACUAUGGGAAACGCGUCAAGUUUGAAGAACCAUGUGGAAACUUCCAAAAAAACGGGAGUAUUAAAUUUAUCGGAUAGUCAUCUAAAACAAUAUCCAGAUUCAAUCGACGUGCUUCACCUUUCCUUAAGAACUUUGGAUUUGUCUAAAAACAAAUUGAAAAUAUUACCAAAAUCUGUUGGUCAGUUCAAAGAGUUAAAAAUUCUUAACGUUAGCAAUAAUUUGUUAGAAAAUCUGCCUGAAGAAAUAAACGGGCUGUCAAAGCUUGAAACAUUACAGGUAAAUUGCAAUUUAUUAAAAUCAUUACCUCCAUUGAAUAAUUUAAUGUUUCUUAAACGUGCUUCAUUUGGAGACAAUCAACUUAGUGUAUUUCCAGAAUUUCUGUGUGAAUUGAAACACUUGGAAGCAUUGGAUUUAUCUAAAAACAACAUCACUCAAUUGCCAGAACUGAUUAAGCAGUCAAGAUUAGUUGAAUUAAAUCUUAAUCAAAAUCAAAUAAGAAAAUUGCCAGCUGGUUUAGCAGAAUGCUCUAGAUUAAAGACUUUACGUUUAGAAGAAAAUUGUUUAGAAUUAGUCGAUAUACCGAAAGAAUUAUUAACAUCGUCCAAAGUUUCAUUAUUAUGUGUUGAAGGAAAUUUAUUUGACAUGAAAUCAUUAUUGGCAUUGGAAGAAUAUAGUACAUACAUGACUAGGUAUACUGAAGUAAAAAAAAAAAUGUUUUAAUUUAAUUUCCUAUUUUUAUAUUAUUUAUUAUACUUUAAUUCCAUUACUUUUUA